CAUUUUUAAAUGGUAAAAUAGCCAUUGCACCCCUAGCUAGCUAGCUGACCGCCGGCCGCUGCUUGCACACUCCGUACAUUUCAGAGCGAACAAGCAGACCUACAUCUUUUUUGCAUGUAGCUUUGUAUUUCGUCUGUUUGUUAAGGUUUACAAACAUGGCGCAGAAUGUAGAUCCGAGGACAGUUGCAGCAACCAACAACAGGCGAAAGGAUUCAACCAAAAAAGUGACAGAAAAGCGAGAUAAUCACAACGUAACAAAGAGACUUCAAACAGAGUUAAUGCAGCUUAUGGUGAGUCCGCCCAAAGGUAUAUCUGCUUUCCCCGAUGGCGACAACAUCUUCCUUUGGAAGGCGACAGUGGAAGGAAGUCCUGAUUCUAUGUACGAGGGCCUGCACUACAAACUCUCCAUGGCAUUCCCCAGCGAUUAUUCCGUCUCUGCCCCCAAGGUCAAGUUCCUGACUCCCUGCUUCCACCCCAACGUGGACACGGAGGGCAACAUCUGCCUUGACAUUCUGAAGGAGGAGUGGGUGCCAACCUACACGGUGUCAUCCAUACUGCUCUCCAUACAGGGGCUUUUGGCAGCGCCCAACAUUAAAAGUCCCCUCAACCUCCAGGCAGCCCAGCUCUGGGAGAAUCCAGCCGCCUUCAGGAAAACCCUCCACGAGAAAUACAAGGCUGACAGCAAGAGGAAAGGCCAGGGAAAGUAAGAGCAAAUUGCCAUGAUGAACCUGGGAUCCACAUUGGAGAAAACAGAAAUGCAGACUGGCAGAGAGUGGGAAUCAAUAAGGCAUUUUUAGGGGACAGACGUGUGAGUAGCAAGUUUUUAAAAGCCUGUCACCUUUAAACUUUGUAUGCCACACUGCACCCUUCUGAACGAGAGAAAAAUUAACCGGAAGGCAAGUUUGGUUGGGUUGGAUUUUGCUGAUCUGUGAAGUGUCACAAGUACUGGUACUAACAAUCUACCUCGAACCAGAUCUCAUUUAAAACUAAGGUUUGGGUUGGAUGCUUUUCUCUCUGUUGACCAUAGGAAACCAGACUUGAGUUCGGUCAUCAAAGAUGCGAGUCCAAUUCCAUGAUUGAUGUACCGGUAUAGAGUUGGUUUUUCUUGUACAGAAAUAAUGCAUGUAAAUUUGUAUAGAGAAAUAGACUUUUGCAUUGUAUUUUGAUGAACGGAACUGCAUUUGGGAUGAGGCGGGGUUUAGAAAAAAGGCUUUUGCGUAGUUUACACUUAAAAGAUCUUUCCAGGGGUAUGAAUGAAAACAAAAGCAAAUACUACAGAUUUCAUGUUCAUUGUAUUUGAUUUUAUAUCAAACCUCUCUUUAACAGAAAAUUCUCUGCCACUUUUUAUUUUCCCAGGGGAAAGGAGUGUCUCGAUUGUUGUGUAUUUUUGUCUCAGAAAAAUACAUUUCUUAAUCACCGAUUAGAAUUAAACAGCAAAGUGAGUGAAGUUCUUGACGCAGAAAUGUUGUAGAGAGACGUUGAACAAUUUCUCCUCAGCAAUAAGAUCAACUUUUUCUUCUCUGUAGAUUUCUCUGUAUUUGAAGAUGGCAGAAAAUCUGUAAAAACUAUUUAUACACGAUUUAACUCAGUUACAAAGUACAGUGAAUUUUGUAGAAUCCUAUAUGCCACUAUUUGUUUACUUUUCUUUAAAUAAAUGCACAAUAAAAAAAAAA